GACGAAAGAAAAGAGGCAGCCAGAGAGACAGAGGAAGCGUGAGAAAACAUCUUCUCUUGGAAUAAAAAUCGGGAAAAAGGGAAAAUCACAGAACGAGGAGGAGCUGUUUCUCUCGUCUCUCACGUCCAACGAAUACUUCACUGGGCUUUGGUCUUUUGGAUAUGUAAAAGAGAGCUACUUGAAGAAUGGUUCUGCAAUAGUAUAUCACGGGUCUGUUUGACUUGGAAGUUCUUAAUUUGUAUGCCCAAGGCUGCUGAUUCCUGAAAUCUUGUGGGCUGUAAUCACUGUAGUGAUAGAGGUUUGUGUGAGCUUAAAAAAUGCCUUUGUUCAAAAGGAAGCCCUUUGAGUUGUUGGAACUUCCUAGUGAUUUGGAGCCUGACGAGCUUGUGUACCAGAUUCGGUUUACGAAGGAGAUAUUUCGGGAUUAUCCAGCAUAUUUGAAUAGGAUAAACCUAUAUCGGCAAAGACUGUGGUCGUGUAAAUUCACAGGAAAAGCCAACUUGACAUAUGAAGAGGCUUUGGUGUCAGAGAAGUGUGCUACUGAAAAGGUGCAAGAGCUACCAAAGGAGCUAGUGGCCCCUGCCCUGCGUAUAAUUCAAUUUAGUAUGCUUUCAUUGAAAGAUCUUGCUGACACGAUUGCUAAAAAAUUGCAAGAUUGUCCAUUUGUUGGUGCUGAACUGCUAGGAAGAAAGGACGGUGAUCUGUUUUUUUGUAAGAUACUAAAGGUUAUAGAGGAGGGUUGUGAUAGUGUCAGAUAUGAGGUAGCCUGGCUUGACAGAUAUAAGAAAGUAGUGGAGAAUACAGUAGUAAAUAGAGAAGACCUGGUAUGCAAGAAACUGCCAUUUAGCAGACAAGUUUUGAAAUCUUUUGUACGGGAGUCUACAUAUAGAGGUGCUCCUUGGGUGCUUCAUGAUAAAUUGGCUCGAAAGCAUGGAAUCUCUACCAAUCCUCCAGUGGAGUUAAGAAGUAAAGUUUUUGUUCAAGAUGGACUUAUAGUCUGCCAUAAGAAGAGAAGGAAGACUGAGGAGGACGAAAAUAACUCUGGAAUGAUUGCAGAUGAGAACGAAGGCGAUAAGUCAAAGGAUGGUCCUAUCAAAUAUCCAAUUGAUGAUAUGCUGGUGCAGCCUGGCUCAGAUGAUCCAGAUUUUACUGAUCGUCCUCAUCCAACAAAGGAUUUUAAAGUUCCUAUGGAUUGUUUUGGUGAUCUUCUAAUGGUUUGGGAUUUUUGUUCUUCGUUUGGUAAACUGUUGCAAUUAUGGCCAUUCUCUCUUGAAGAUUUUGAAAAUGCUAUCUGCCAUAAAGACAGUAAUCUUGUUCUCAUUAUGGAACUACAUUCAGCACUUUUUCGGUUACUAAUAAAAGAUGGUGGUAAAUAUCUUUCUGAUGUAGAGAACAAGGUUCGAAAAUUGAAGAUUACUUUAAUCAACUGGACAGAGUACCUGUGCGUUUUCUUGGAAAUGGCCAACGUUCCUGAAUUAUGUACUCAUGUUACACCUAUCAAGCGGGGGCGCUAUGGCCUUCUAGAUGCUCAAGCUAAAUUGGCAAUCUUACAAGAAUUGGUUAAUCAUGUGCUCGAAACAGAUAUUUUUAAGGAGAAGUUGGGCGAAUUUAUUGAAGAGCAACAGGCACUUGGGGCGACAAGAAGGUGGGAAGCAUUGGAAGAAGCUAGGAAAAAAAGAGAAGAGAAGGAGCGAUUGAAGGCUCAAUCUGGCAUCAACGGAGUAAUCGAUGAGCAUAUUGCAGAGAAUGGAGCAAGUGAUCUACAGGUGGUGGUGAAAGAUGAUCACAUUAAACGUAAUGGAGAGUUAGUGAAUGAAACAAGCGGGGAGGUCAUUUCAUUUCAAGAUAACCAUACUUCAAGAAAAAGGCAUAAUUCAAAAGAUGCUGAAGAGCCAUCUGGCGAGGAUGCACAUGCACUGAAGCUGUUGAAAGAUGAUAAUAAUGGAGCAACAAAUAAGAAGAGCAAAGAACAGAGGAAAGAAAUUUAUGAACGGGAGAUGGAAAAACGAUUCAUACGCACUAACCCUUUAGGUAAAGACAGAAAUUACACUAGGUAUUGGUGGUUUCGGCGUGAUGGGAAUGGGAGGAUUUUUGUUGAGACUUCUGACUUUAAGCAGUGGGGCUACUAUAGCACCAAAGAAGAGCUUGAUGCAUUGAUUAAUUCGUUAAAUCCGAAGGGUGAGAGGGAAAGGGCUCUCAAGAAACAACUGGAAACAUACUACGGAAAAAUGUGCUUGGAACUUCAAAAGAGCUCAAAGGAUUUUACUGGGAAGAUAACUUUGGAGGAAGAAGAAGAGGUUAGGAGAUCUACCCGCGUACGGGCACCACCUGGAGAAAACCCAAGUAAUGCUUUCCUCAGGUAUGUUAACAAGUGGAAAGAAAGCAAGAAACGAAUCAGGCUUGAGAUGGCGCCGAAGGUGGCCCAGGAUCCAUCCAAUUGAUGUUGGUCCUUGAUUACUGGUUACUCUGCAAUGGAAGAUAGAGAGUAGGAAUUUUUCGAUGACUUAGUUACCUGUUCUUUGUUAAUUCAGUGGGAAUGCAGGAGUCGAGGCUUAGGGUGUAGUUGGUGGGAGGGGGGAGUAGAGCAUUUUUGUGCCCCUUCCUCUACAAUUGACGGUCGCGUAUCUACAAUUGAUCCUCCACUUAUUGGUAGUAAUGAUUCAUUGAUUCUCCCCUGAAA